UAUUAUUUUAAUAUUUUUAUUCGUGUUAGUUAUACUAGUGGUUUAAAGUUACGUACCUAUUAGCCUACAUCGCAGUCCGCUUAAUUUUUCCUAAUGACAGCGCAAGUGAGCUAAAAAGUCAAACAUAGGCCUAGGCCUACUAAGUUGAAAGCUCGUUUAGUUUAUUUUUACAAAAGGACAGAAUAGUAUGUUUGGUAACAUACAAUGAGUGCAACAGAUAAUGAACAAGAAAAUAAGCGUGAAAGUGCUGAAGACAUCGAUAUUUACUCUGACGUUCUCUCCGACCAGGAUGGUUUAAUUUCCAAGCUCAAAGAAAAAGUUGAAAAACUUCUGAAGGAGAAGGAGUUGCUGUUAAAAAGUUUAACUUCCUUGCAGAAGAGCUAUGAAGAGCUUCGCAAAGAUUAUAAUGACUUGAAGGAGCAACAUAAGACUGUGUCGUUCAACUCAUCAGCUUUGUUUAAGACUGCCCAAGCUGAGAUCAAAAGGAAGGACAGAUUGAUAGAUGAAAUAAGAAGAGAGAAAGACGAUUUGGUUUUUCGAAAGAGAUCAAGUCAAGCUUCGCCAAGAUCUCGAAGAUAUGGGAAUCCGUCACCAAGAAGGUAUAGAUCUCCAAUAAGGAGGGAAAAAGUAGAUGACCGAAAGAUCUCUUCACAAUAUCCCAAAAAGACUCAAGAACAUUCAGAACUGCCUAAAAAUACUAUUGAAACAAACGAUGCAGUGAUUAAUCCACCCAAGGUGUCUCCGGAGAAGUUAGAGAAUCCAAGACCAUCCAACAGAUCAUCAGACUGUUUGACAAACCAGAAACCUACAAACAUAUUGCCAGAAGGGGAAAGGAAUGAUAUUCAAGAGCAGUAUUCUCAGAAAAGCAAUGAAGAUAAGAACACGGUUGAUUUACCUUGUGAUAAAGAUCUUGGUACUCCAAAACUUACUGGAAAUAAUCCAAUAAAAGCCAAACCCCCACCCAUACAGGGCCCCAUUACAACUUAUUCUAAAAGAAUUUAUAAGAAAAUCCAUGGCAUUAGUCCUGAAAAGGUUAACGAUAUUUUUCUUAAAAAUAUGGAGUUACCUGUUAAGACUGAUGUGAUACGAAGUACUUCCAAUGAAGAAACAGAGACAUUGCAUACUUGUAAAUCUGAUAGUAUAACAUCCAAACUGCAGAAAGAUGUACAACAAAUUAUAAAGCUGGGAACCUCAUGCAAAACAUCUCCACCAGCUAAAUUAUCACCUGAGAUACAAUCUUCAAUAACAGUUGAAGCUCAAACGCCUUCAAGAUCCAAAAAUACCAUUGAAAAUAUAGUUAUCCAGUGUGAUCUCAGAGAUUCCUCUAAGAAAAAUCAGCAAAAUUGUUACUCUUUAAAUGAAACCAUUGAAAAUAUAUUGAAGCAUCAAAAUUCUGGACGAUCCUCUCCUCAGACUAGUUUUGCUAAAGGUAAAAACGUUGCAGAGCCUAAAAAAGACAAUAGCCCUGCAUCUAGAGCGACCAGCAAAUUAUUGUCAAAUAUUAACAAAAGGCCUACAGAAAAGCUGACAAUAUCACCUGUCACAUUUGGGAAUUUGGUCCCUAAAGUAGAAAAGUCUACCCCUCUCAGUAGUAAACACAUUGACCAAUCCCCAACAGAAAUCAAAUCCGAGUCAAGGAAGCGCAAGCUAUCAGAAAAUUUCCCUGCUGAAAAUAAAAAUGUAUCACUGAGUCAAAAGCCUAAGCUGGAAACAUUUCCAAAUGCUGUAAAGAAAAGUAAAUUUAUAACAUCUCUAUUUGGCGAAAGCCCAUUAAAAUCUGGUUUGGAAAAUAAUGUUAUUGUACUGCCAGGAAACAACGCAGAUGCCAAUGAAUUAAAAGCUCCUUCUCCACCUAAUGGAUUUUUACAACCUGGAUCGCCUAUUUUCCCUGAUAGUCCCUCAUUAGAUAGUGACAGUGAUGAAGAUUUAGUCAUUGAUACAACAGCUGGUUCCCAGAUUAAUUCGCCAAGGGUGUCAGUUAGUGAAAAGAAUAAGUUAGAAGAAACUAAUGAUAAUUUGUCAACCAAGAUAAACACAACAAGCAAUAAGCCAGAACCCCUCUUAGAUAGACAAGAUCCUGGAUUAGAUCCAAGUGCAGUAAGAUCAGGAAACACAACUCAUUCAAUUGUUUCAGAAAAAAUAAAACUACUUGAAAAACAAGAAAAUGACAAUGGAUUAAUAAAUGAGCAUCACUUUAGCAAAAAAGAGGAAACAACAAUUUGUUUGUCUCAAACAUUGGUUGAAAGCAAAGAAACGAUCUCAGAGGAAGUGAUCUUAGAACCCCAAUUAGUUGCUGUCAAAAAUGAAGAGGAGCAACUUGCUAACAACGAAGAAUCUGAUAUGAACAAUUUAAAGGAUUUGAAAAACUCUCAAACUUCUGUGGCAUUUGACAAAGUUUGGUCUCCAGAAAAGGUUUCUAUAUCCAAUUUGUCACAGUCUAAUAAUGAUACCAAAACCGUAUUUAAAAACAAAAUUGAAGACUUUCCAGAAAUUAGAUUUGCACCAUCUCCUCCUCAGUUAACAUUAGUUUCUGCUUUUAAACACUCUGAAAAUAGUGUCUUUGCUUUGACUGAAGAUACAUUGGGAUUUGUGUCUGCUCUGACUCGUAUGCGAGAUAUAUCACCUAUAAGAACACCUGUGAAGAAAAGUAAUGGGUCUUUGCAACAAUCCCAGUCAUCAGACCUUAUGGAACCCAAAAGCUUAGGCGACCAAGAAAGGGAGAUGAUGAAGAAAAAGAAUUUUGAAUUUCUAAAGCCUUUAAGUCAGAGUCUUCAAGAAAGUAAUGGUAGCUCAAAAUCUGGUGCAACAGGUAAUACAACUUCUAAUUGUACUAAUUCUUCUCCAUCCAAUAAAUCGGCUAUAAAUAGUAGUUCAAAGCUGUUAACAGUCCCGAAAAAAGAAACAAAUGAUACAACAAAUAUCUGUAGAGAUAAAAGUGAUAACCCAGAGAGUACAAGGACUCCUAACGAUUCUAGUGUUGACGUAAGCAACAUUAGGACAUCACAGUCACCCAGAAACAAUCCCUUUAGAAGAACAAAACCUGUUCGACGAAUAACAACAGAGACUAAAGUCACGCCUGAGCUUAAAACAACAAGCAAUGUAGAAAAAGUUGAACCUGCUUUAAUGCGUGAGAAACAUGAAGUUGUUUGUGAAAGAGAAAAUAGUGAGCAAGUAAAAACCCCUAAGUUUGUUUGUAAAGCUGGUAAAGAUGUGGCAUAUAAUGUAAGAUCAAGCAAGGUUGUCAAUGAUUCUGAAAUAAAAAUUACCAGUAAAAGAGCUGAACAGACUAAACCUUUGAAACAAGAUAACUCUCCAGGCUCUCCCACAAAUAUCAAUGCUAUUGAAAAUCUACUUAGCCUAGCAAAAACAAUCUCUUCAUCUAAUUCUACUUGUAGCAAAACAUCUACAUCGUUCAAAAGAAGUGAAAGUCUGAAAAUGAUACAAAAACCUCUACCAAUGAAUUAUCUUAAUGUAGUGAAAAAUGCCGCUUUAAAGUCAGAGGAAGUCAAUCAAGUGUCCCAAAGCAAAUCUAAACCAUCAGACAACAUAAUUUCCAGUGAAGGCGAUCAGUGCAAGGUCCAAAAUAAAAAUAAUGAGUUUGAACAGAUAUCACAUGUAGAAAGUAUCAAUAAAAAACUUCGCAUUAGUAAAUAUCAAAACAAAGCUGAUAAAGAAAAGGAAAACACGAUUCCAUCAGAAACCUCAAAAUGUAGUGAAAAAACAGCUGACAAAUCAACAGAAAAACCAGGUUCGACCCAAAAACCGUUGGCUAAAGAUAAUAGUGUUUUGCUUGAAAAAGGAAAGAGAAAUACAUAUAGUAAACCCUAUUCAAGACGAUUUGAUGUUUCACACAAAGAUAGAAGACAUUACACUCGGCGUUCUGUUAGUCUUGGUCCUGAAGUACGAUUGAGAACAAAUGCCAAUCUACUCACUAAACAUAAACAGGACCUAAAUGCUUUAAAGUUGGUUUCAAAUGGUUCCGGAAACAUUGAGGAUGUUGGAAAAAUAAGUGAGUGUAAAAGUGUAGAUAAGAAGUCCACUUCAAAAGUGUCUGAAAAGCCUUGUGACAGUGACUCAACAAAUAAAAGUUAUAAAGAAGAUCAUGUUAUACACAAUGAAUCAACACCUAGUGAAGGAAGAAAAUCAGGAAGCCUCAGCCCAGAAAAACAUCAACAGCGUGACACAAAAUGUAAAUCUCCAGAAUUUGCACAAAACCAUCAAAAUAAAUCAAGAAGAUCAUUAAGCCAAAGUCCAGAAUGCAGCAUAAAGAGUAGAAGCAGAUAUGAACUCUCACCUGAAUACAAGAGAAGACAUUCCCACAGUUUAAAGAGACCUCCUAGCAGAAGUUCUGAUUAUAGCAGAAGAAAGGAUCAUCGUUAUUAUUCCCCAACUAGAACAUAUAGUGGAGGUAGAAGCCGGCGUUCAAGAUAUGAUGAUUACCACAGGAGGUCUCCCAGUCCAGAUAGUAGGCGACAUAGGUAUGAUGAGAGGGGACAUCAUAGUAGACGCUCUCAUCAUAAAAGUAGGCACAGAGGUGACAGAUCUAGAAGUAGGAGCUCAGAAUUUAAUCAUAGAAUGAUUGAUGAAAGACAAAGACAUAGGAGCCGAAAUUACAGGCGAAGAUCAAGAAGUGGCUCCUCCCAUUCUUAUGAUAGAGGGCCAAGAAAUACUAGCUCUUCCACACACAAGUUAGAUGGUAAUAUAGUUAACAAUAUUGCUGAUUCUAGUGUUAAACUAAAUAAUGCAAAUCGUGACAUAAACUUAUCUCAAACUGAAGAUAAAAAAUCAAGUAAAGCAAAAGAAGAAGAUGAUGAUACAAAUUUAAGUUACAAAGAAGAGUUAGAGCGAUUGAAAAGACAAAUACAAAUUCUGUCUGGAAAGGUGGAGACAAAGGAAAAAACUGAAAAUCCUACCAAGCAAGAUUAUGAAAGCAAAGAAAAUAUUUUGCAAGAAAAGUCUCAUGAUACCAGCUCAGAGUCGUCUUCCAACAUAUUGGUGAAACCUAUGAAUGUAACAGUUCUUAAAAGUGAAACAAUCGAGUUCAGUCAAACAAUUGUCACAGAAGAGUGCAGCAGUACAACUGAAAUGGAAGAUGUUGUUUUGUCUAAAAUAAACUCUGUAAAAGAAAAUGUGAAUCAAUGUUUAGUAAAGAAUCAAGAAAAUUCACCAAGUACAAAACCACCACAUUCUGACAAUGGAACUUCACCGCUUUUACAUGAAAAACCAAAAAUAAUUCAAGUUAAAAGAAGAGCUCACAGACUCGGUGAUUCUGAGGUAAAAGUUGUGUCAAUCAAGUAGGUUACCUUAAUUAUGACCUCUCUCAGUAUUAAAUUAUCGCAUAAUUUGUUCAACAAAUAUUGUAGUUCACUUACUUUUUGCCUUUGAAACUAAUAUAAAAAAAUUAAUGGCAAUUAGUAGAAGUAACAGAAGCCAAUUUUAUAUAGCUGAAUUUUAAUUUAACAUUUUUUAACGCAUGAGUGUAAAUUUUUGACAUACAAUUUUAAAAUAAAAUGUUGUUCUUAUCUGCCUAGCGUCUACGGAUAUAGAGAAGACUGCAGAUUAACUAGAUUGCUAGGCAUAUACUGGCCAGUAUUAAGAUAGAAUACAUUUUGUUAUAUAUUUACAUUGUAAUGAUUAUCAAGUAAGUCAAACAGUUAAAUUUGUGGACAUUUUACCUUUUAACUGUCUCGGUUUCCCUUUUCCUGGUGGACAACAAUGCCACUCAUUCCAUAAUACUUGUUUAUUGUUGUAUAAAAUUAAAAUCAUAACUUCAAUGAAUUAAAAAUGUUAGUAGGUACACCAAUUAAGAUAUCCCAUAAACUGUUUUUAAACUCUAAAGUGUGUCCAUAACUUGUUUGGAAACUACAAUGCCACACAUUCCUUCUUCUUUUAUGUUAUUUGAAAUUUAUUAUUCUAAUGAUAUUAGCAUAGAUCAUACUCCCUUAGUAGAUUUCUCAUCCUUAUAGAACAGCUGAAGCCAAUUUUAUUGUUAGUUCUGUCCGGUGCACUUGUAGAGGUUGUGUUUUGUUGACAAUUUGUUCCUUGUUAUUUCAGUAAUCUAAAACCUUGUUUUAUCAAAUAAAGUUAUGUGAUAUAAUCAUAAAAAAUAACUUGUACCCUAGUUAUAUAACCAAACAUUAAUGCAGAAAACAUGAAAUUAACCGUAAAAUAAUAGAAAACAAUGUUGUUGUCACUAACGCCCAGUGUCACCGGACAUGAACUAGACUUGAAAAACGAGCGGUACUUUCUUAUUAUACGGAGGCCACCCUUAUACAGCGCACUAUGGCGGUUAUGUUAGUUAAGGUUAUCAUAACAAUAUGUUUGUAGGACUUUCCUCGUUUUGUUAUGAAUUGAACGAUACCAGAUGAGUCAUACUUUCGCUCGCCAAAUCCCCUCCGAGUAGGCGAAGGUCAAAUCUUUGACCGGAGUGCGCGCAUCACCUGUCACACCGCCUGUAUCUCUUCCAGGGUCCUGAGUGAUGACUCAUCUGGUAUCGUUUGAUUCAUAACACAAACGAGGAAAGUCCUACAAACAUAUUUAUGAUAACCCAACCUAACAUAACCGCCGCAGCGCGCUGUAUACCUACUUGGCGGAGUACAUGUGGCUGCUAGCGGCGGCAACACAUUCAACUCAAUCCUUGCCGACAUUGCUGCCUUCUGGGCAGGCCCGUUUUUAACCAUGUCAGCGCCCUAAGCACAACUAAUAGUUGUGCCCCUUUGCAAUACAUAUACAGGGUGUCCACCGACCGGGAAAACCGGCAAACCCGGGAAUCAUGCCUAAAUUUUGUAUAUCCACCUGGUAUUUUCAAUUUACCGCCAUCGCAAAUGACAAAAGUGACGUUUCUGUGACCGUGGGAGACGACAAUAUGAGACGAUAGCCUAUUAAUUAGCUUGUCAUUAGCUGUAUGGGCUAUUAAUUAACAGCUGUGUCUAAGGAACAUGUCGGCCUUAGUCCCUAACAAGGCUACAAGAUCGCGCCACUCAUCCUACCCUACCCUCAUCCUUCACUCAUAUUUGGGUUAAAAUAUGCACAUAGUGGCGUCCCCAUCUUAAAUAAUUGAUAAUUGAUAAUGUCCAGACGACCGCGGGGAAAUAGUUAGAAUUUUGCCUCAAUCACGGGAGUCGGUUACGAUGUCUACACGGUCGCGAUAGAUUAUUAGAAGUUUACCGCGAUCAUGCAAAUACAAACACCAAUCUAUUCCCCUAAUUUUUGGAGAGCCCCAAAAGAAGCCAAUUGCCUCGCGCCCUAGGCACGUGCCUGACAAGCCUAUUUGGUAAAUCGGUCCUGCUUCUGGGGGCAUAACUCAAAGGCCACUAAUUGUAAUCAUGUCAAAUUUGGACAGUAAGUCAAUUAAAGUGUAUUCUUUUCAAUUAUGUAGUUAUUUUUAGUCUCCAGUAAAAAAAUCCUUCUAAAAUAAGUGCCUCUGUGUAAUACAAAAGUACCAAAUGAGCUUCAAUUUACAAUGGGAUGAGACGUCUACUUGUGGUAGGUUAGUCUAUGAUAGAGUAGUUAGUACAUCAUUUUAAGAUACCUACUCUGCUUAAAACUCGGGUUGGUAAUUAAAUUAUAGUUAUAACUUGUUAUUUUAAUUUAAUGUUAGUAAUCUGCGGAUAAGUAAAUAGUAUCUAAGGAUUAAAAAAUAUUUUUAAUUUCUCAAAUAGCAAAAAAGUAUCUCAACCGGCACACUGCCUUGAUUUUGUUUUGUAUUUGAUUUAUUGUACAGAAAUCUCUGUUUUAUUAUUUAGAAGUUUGAUUACAAAAUUAAAAAAAAAUAUUCCUUCAUUUUAAGGUGUUUUAAAAAUAUGUGGUAUACCUUUUUGUAAGAGGUAACUAUUUUUGUGAUUCUUUAUUUAGAAGAGAUAUUCACAAAUUAUUACUGCAGAUUGUAUUGUAUUCUGCAGAUUUUAUUAAAUUGUGAUAGAACUUAAACUACUGUUAAAGUAUGUAUUAUUGUAAUGUUAUGUCGCUUCCUAUGGAUUGCUAUCUAGAACUGUUUAUGUAUACCAUAUCCUUGUACAUAGAACAUAUAUUUGUAUUAAACUGUUUGUAAUUUUUGUAA